UUACACGCAUUUGCAGCUGCACAAAAUCGAAAUGUCAUUUCUUAAAUACAGUUAUGCGUGGCUUGUUUUUACAAAUUACCUGGUAUUGAGCUACAGUGAGAGCUAUUACAGCAUAAUUGCACCAGGAGUUAUAAAAUCGUAUCGCAAAUACACUGUUGCAGUGGCCUUGCAUGAGGCCAAUCAACCAGCCACCAUUAAAAUCAGUAUUGAAGGUCUCUCGGCUGUCGAAGAAGUUACUGUACAGCCUUACGAAACAAAAAAUGUUCACUUCAACAUAUCCAAACUGGAGCGAGCCAAUUACUAUUUAAUUGCGGAGGGAAUAAGUGGCAUUAGUUUCUACAAUAGUAGUGUGCUUAAUUGUGAACCUGAUGCUGGCCCACAUAUCUAUAUACAAACCGAUAGGGCCAUAUAUAAGCCUGGGGAAGUGAUUAACUUCCGUGUGGUUAUAAUCGAUGAAAAUACAAAACCUUUCAAAACAUCGGAACCCAUAGAGGUUGAGAUAUUGGACAGCAACGGAAAUCGCAUAAAUCUCUUCUCAAAUAUAGUUCUAGCUAACGGCAUUUUCGAAGGAAAAUGUCAUAUUUCCAAAUAUCCGCCAUUGGGUGAAUGGAGUAUAAAAGUCACCAUUAAGGGUCACAGCAGUAAAGCUCUCAAAACCAUUUCCAUACAAAUGUAUGAGCUACCAAAAUUUGCCGUCUACAUUGAGGGCGAGAGAGAGGUCACAAUUGCAGAUGGCAUCGUCAAGGCUAAGGUCUACGGCAAGUAUCCAUUCGACCGGUAUGUUGAGGGUAACCUUACGGUGCAACUCAAAAGUAUACGUUCUCCGGAUGCCCUAAUGGAAAUGAAGUUCAAUACUACCAACAUAGUAGAGGUGGAAUUCAAAAUAGAUAAACUUUCUGAACGGAUUAACACUGUGUUUAUUACUGCGGAGUUGCAGGAGAAAAAUACAGGAGUUAUACAUAAGGGAUUACACGAAGUUACGCUUCAUAGAGAACGUUAUCGAAUUUCUGUUGACUCCGAUAGCAUAGAGUUUCAAAAUGGCAGACCGUAUCGCUUGAAAGCUAAAGUAUCGCACUGGAAUGGUUCUUUGGUGCAAGAUCGGACCACUCCUGUACGAAUGCAUUAUCAUUCAGAGAUAUACAAAGCAUUUUUAGAUGACAAGGGAGAAGCUUUGUUCCAGUUUGAGCAUCAUGGCUUUGUCUAUCAUGAAUUUUAUUUCAACAAUUCCAAAUUAGUUUUCUAUCCCAUUGACAGUUUUAACAAUGUGUUUGAAGGAAACAAGGACUCGAUUCUUAGGCUCAAACUUCAAACCAACAGUAUGAAAGUGGGUGUUCCAUUUGAUAUUGCCGUCAGGUCUACAGCCGAUAUUCCUUACUUGUUCUAUGCCAUUGUUAGUCAUGGAAACAUUAUUAAAAUGGAAUACGUUGGAGUAUCACCCAAGCAAACGUCCUAUGUUCUACGAAUAAAGCCAACUAUAGAAAUGAUACCAAGAGCCAUGUUGUAUAUAUUCUACAUCAAAGAUGGCAUCUUCCACUAUCAGGAAACAAUCUUGAGAUUCGAUAAGGAAUUUGAAAACAAGGUAUCUCUUGACGCACCAAAAAUCUGUCAACCUGGAGAAAGCGUUGAACUAUCGAUGAAGGCUCAACCUAACGCUCGUGUUUGUAUUUUGGCUGUAGAUAAGCGUAUUUUGCAUUUGAACUCAAACUAUGAUCUGAGUAUUAAUAACAUUUGGAAUAAUUUAGCAAGUGAUAGAACCUAUUUACCAAUUCCUGCCACUCAGUACCCAGGGAUGGUAUCAGGAGUAGUUACUUUAACUAACGCAAACUACUAUUUUCUUUCAGUAAAAAGUCACACAGAUAAAAAGGAAUGCCUUGGGAUCGAAGAUGAUUGGGUUAGAAAUUUUAACCCCAGAGAUUCGAUUCCGGAAAAAGACUUUCGUAGAAAAUUUCCAAAAACCUGGAUAUUUCAAUGUUAUGAAAUAGAAAAAGAAAAUACACUGCUAACCUUUGACAUACCGGAUACAAUUACGACAUGGCAUAUAACUGCCUUUUCGAUGCAUGAGAAUACUGGUUUCGGCACUCUAAGAAGACCGGUCAAUAUUUUGUCGUCAAAGCCAUUCUUUAUACUUCUAGAUCUGCCGCAUUCGGCAAAAAUGGGUGAACUGAUUUCAAUACCAAUAACUGUAGUUAAUAAUCACAAUCAAAGUGUUGAAGCUAGCAUAGUAAUGACCCAAGGCGAGGAAUAUUUUGUUGCAGGUCCCGAACAAAAUAAUCAGACAUUUCAAAAAACCAUUCUGGUACCAGCAAAUGGAGUCGACAUGGUAGAAUUCAUUUUAGUUGCAGAAAAAUUCGGAGACAUAACCAUUCGUGUUGUCGCUCGAAAUGCACUCUCAAGCGAUGCUCUAGUUACCAAGCUCUAUGUGGAACCGGAGGGAAUACAGCAACAAGGCAAUGAAGCCCUUUAUAUAAGUAGUGCUAAGAACGAUUCAAAGCAAGCAUCCCUUGUCUUUCCUAUAACGGGGAAUAUAAUAUCAAAUUCGGAAUAUAUAGCACUAUCUGUGGGUGGAGACACUCUGGUUCCCACAUUGGAGCAUCUGCAGAAUUUAGUUCGGUUGCCAACCGGCAGCGGUGAACAAAACAUGGUCAACUUUGCACCAAGCAUUUUAAUUUUGGAUUAUCUCACAGCAUCCCAGUUGGACGCCAAAACUAAAGAACUCAUGGAGAGGACCAAACGUUUUUUGGAGAUCGGUUAUCAACAGCAACUAUCGUACCGACACAAAUCUGGUGGCUUCAGUAUGUUCGGUGAAGGAAAGGAGACAGAACCUAGUACUUGGCUUACAGCAUAUACUAUACGAUUUUUCAUCAAGGCCAAGAAAUAUUUUCCGAUCCGCAAUGAUCUCAUUGAUAGUGGUAUGGAGUUUCUGGCAAAUAAACAACUGCCACGGGGAGAUUUCCCCUUUACGGGUCAACUUUCACAACCAGCUGGGCAAAGUAUUUACGGCUUUACAUCGUUUGUGCUGUUGGCAUUUUUCGAGGACCAGAGCUAUGUUGUUAAAUAUCGCAACACAAUACAGAAGGCAUUAGAUUUUCUUGCAGCUAACAUAAGCAAAGUGAAAAAAAUCUAUGAUUUAUCCAUUGUAGCUCAUUUACUACAAAAGGCUGAACAUCCAUCGUUUCAAGAAAUUUGGCAAAAAAUACAAGCACAACAACAACAAAAGCACUAUCGUAAAUGGUGGUCUGGAAAAGUAGCCAGCUGGCAAAAAGAUGUUGAGAUAACAUCGUAUGUUCUUAUGACACAACUAGCCACAAAUCGAACUAGUCUCUCAGAUGAUCAGCCCAUACUAAAAUGGUUAAUCUCACGCCGUAACGAAAUGGGAGGAUUUGCCUCGACACACGAUACUGUAUUGGGAUUGCAGGCUCUGGUGAAGUUUUCGGAAAAGUAUAGCAACAUGCAUGAUGUAAAUAUGAAAAUUCUCUACACCGCUAAGAGUUCUGAAAGUCAAAUUUUAGAUAAAAAUACAUUGUCAGUGGACCCCACGAUGGCGCUAGUUUUGCAGACACAAGAUCUGCCCAGGACUAGUCGAAUAUUGGAUGUACAAGCUAAUGGAUCUGGUCAAGUAUUGCUGCAGCUCUCCUAUCGUUACUACAAAUUGGACGAGGGGCUACAUCUCUCCUCACAUUUUCAAAUUCAAUCCAAAGUCGUAAUGGACAACAUUGAUGUAAUGAAUCUGGAAGUAUGUUUUACCAAUAAACCGCCUGAAGCCAGGGACGAUGAUGAUGAAACUAAAACUAUAAUAAUGGAGGUUAACUUUCCAACUGGGUUUAUUGUUAACGCUGAUAAUAAAAACAAUCUCACAAAACACAAACUCAUUCAAAGGAUUGAAUCGAAAAGCUACGAAACAGCACUGAUCAUUUACUUUCGAAAACCAGAGAGCGAAAUUAGGGAAUGCUUCCAUUUCAUAGCCCAUCGCAUACACAAUGUGAAGCUUCAAAAGAGAGCGGCAAUUAUUGUCUACGACAUUUACAAUCUUACCAGACAUGAUAUUGUUUUUUACAAUUUACCAUCUGAUAUACCUGAUGGCAGAAGUUUAAAGAACGUAAAUUUAGAGUUAGACCAAUUUCUACCUGUAUCUUCCCGUCCAAAAAAACGUGCCACUUACGUCCCUAGCACUUUGGAACAGCUUCUUGACGAGAAGCUUCAAGAUGUUAUCAGCAAAUUUGAUUUGAUUCCUCUAGAAUCAAUUUUAAAAGACAUUAAAGAUGAUAGUGCCAAGCUUAACAACGAGACUGCUACCAUUUCUGAUCGUCUUAAGCAAAUCGACUCGAAUGUGGCUGAUUUAUUAAGAACAAAUAUGAAGGCGAAUAUCCCAGAAAAUGUAAUCCUGCAACUUCCAGACAUCUAUCUUUUGACUUCGAAUAAAAUACCUCCAUAUUUUUAUAUCCACGCUGUGGCGUUUAAGCUUAGCGAUACUAAAACGGUUGUGGACAUUUGCUUUAACUACAACCAAAGACGAGCCGAAAGGGAUAGAAAUGAAGAAAGUAUGACAAUAAUGCAAAUAAACCUUCCUCCGGGCCUUGAGCUCAUAGGUGAAAAACUCGAAAAUGAAGCAUUACAAAAUAAUACCAAAAUUGAGUAUCACAACUCUAAGAAAACCCUACUAGCUUAUUUCGGAACACUGGAAUCCAACAAUGACUAUUGCAUGAGUAUAACGGCUAGCCUGCUAUUCUUCGACAAUAAUCCCUCAAAAGUCUCAAUUGUUGUCUACGAUUUGUAUCAUAUGACCCGAUAUGGUAUUGGCUUUUGUGAAAUCCGACAAGACGGGCCUACGGAUUCAAAAGAUCAAGAUGACAUAAUAGUCUUUCCGGAUGAUUUACGAUAUAUUAAUGUUGAAAAAAGAGAUUUGAAAGAAGUUACUAAGCCAGAAUCCAGUUUAAACAAUUUUGAUGAGAAAAUUGCAGUAAAACUAAAUACAUACUAUGAACAUAUCAUUGAUAAACUCUCAAAUGUAUCAAGGGAAGUGUCCUCAAUCAAAGACGAAAUCAAGAAACUAAAAAUCUUCAAUGAAAGAGAAGAUGCUGCGGAAACUAGUGAAACUUUUGGAAAACUCACAUUCGACUAUUUAAAAACGCAGGACGAAAUGGACAAACUUAGAAAGGAAGAUGCAGAUCUAUGGCUAGAAAUCAUUACGAAUUCAAAUGAUAUAUCUGACACAUAUCAUGACAUAUCUAAGCUUAAAGAAGUUAACUCUCUUAUAUUGAAAAGAGUUUCAGGGAUAAAUGAUGAAAUCAACCCACUUAGAAAGUCAUACCUAGCAUUGAAAGGCGAAAUUUCAAAACUCAAAGAAAACAUUUCCACCUUACUAUCUGAAGUGGACAAAAUGAGAAAUAAAAACCGGGAAGGGGCAAAGCAAUCCUCUGAUAACUCAAAAGCGAAGCAGGACAUUGAAGUACUUAAGGCAGACAUUCGUCAAUUAAUCGAUGGAAUAGCAUUGCUGAGACAAGACAACCUCAGACUCAACGGAGAUAUAACUAAUCUGAAAAACGAAAAUUCUUUUCUCAGACACCAACUUGCCCAAAUUUCGGAGUAUUUGGAAACACAGACGCCAUCUUAUAGUUCAAAUGGAGUCUACCCAGCAGAUUGGAGCCCAAAUGGGUACUACGGUUAUGUAGCUACACCGAGGUAAGACCUCCAAUUUCCAGCGACCGAAAAUAAAAUUUUAUUGGUGUAAAUUUAUAUUUCUUAUCUCCUUAAAAAUAAAUUAACAACAAAAAUUGA